GUGAACCACCUGUGAGACUACACUGGGGGCAGCUGAAACUCUUGCUAUGAGGCCACAUCCUGUGUACGGCACUGUCUACUGUCAUUUUGUUAAAAAGUUUCUGGGUUGGUUCGUCUCCAAGCGUGUUAAGAAGUGCCAUGUUAAAUGUGAUCUAAACACGAUUGAACUGCUGGAAUUUAAAGGAACUCUCAACUUGGCCUUUGUUCCUGUAAACAUCCACCAUGUCGUGCCGAGACAUCCACGCCACCAACGCGUUUGCCUUCAUCAUUGCCUUUGUGUGUGUGGGAGGGAUUGCUGUGGCAUCGUUAAUCCCACAGUGGCGAGUAACCAGACUCAUCACCUUCAAUCGCAAUGCCAAGAAUAUCAGCGUGUAUGACGGGCUGUGGGCUAAAUGUGUGAAACAGGAUGGCUAUUCAGGAUGUUACUACUAUGAUUCAGAGUGGUACUCUAAAGUGGACCAGCUGGAUCUUAGGCUCCUGCAGUUUUGUUUGCCGACAGGUCUGCUACUCGGCUCUCUGGCCUUGCUGCUGUGCAUGUCAGGAAUGUGUAAGACAUGCUGCUGUUCAGAGAAGCCUGAACCGGACAUCAAGACCACCAGAUUCCUAGUGAACAGUGCAGGCUGUCACCUGGUUGCUGGGACGUUCUUGUUUCUGGGAGGUGCUAUAUCUUUGGCACCCUCAGUCUGGUUCCUGUUCCGUACCAAGGAAAUGAACAUCAGAUAUGACAACAUUUUCUCUGAUGGCUUUGCUGUGUAUGUAUCCAUUGGCUGCUCUGGGGGACUAAUGCUGGCCUCCCUGCUGAUGUUCAUGUGGUACUGUAUGUGUAAAAAGUUGCCUUCCCCUUUCUGGUUGCCACUGCCGACUAUGCCCACCUCUCUGUCCACCCAGCCUCUCACUGCCAACGGAUAUCCUCCAUCCCCAGUGUAUGGUCCUCAGCCAUUCCUGCCACAAACAUUUCCUCCCACUGUGAUCGACACUCAACCUUAUGUGCCCUCCCAGGGCUACUCACAAAGUGUGAUAGCCCCUGCACCACCGCAGGUGUACAUGUCUCAGAUUUCUGCUCCUGAUGGGUAUGGUUCAGAGGUGGGGGGGACCCAGGCCUACAGCUAUGCUCCCUCACAGAGUUACGCUCCCUCACAGAGUUAUGCACCAUCACAGAGUUACGCACCUUCACAGAGCUACGCCCCUUCUCAAGGCUACGCAUCUAGCUACGCAGGCCAUCGCUACUCUUCCCGCUCUCGCAUGUCUGCCAUAGAAAUCGACAUUCCCGUCCUGACGCAGGGGCAAUAGGGGAAGAGAAGUUGAUAUCAUAGAGUUCACCACUGAUCAAACUAAUACAGUAUGAUUGAUGGAAGUUAAUAAAUAUGAGAGCUAUUUACAGCCCCCAGAGUGAUAGCUUUAAGAAUUCAGUCAGUCACUCCGGGUCUUUAAAGUGCUGAUUAUAGAAGAUGGGAUCCAGUCAAAGAAGCCUGAAGUACUAAUGAAGGAUGAGAUUUCCUUUAAAGGAGGCUCACUAAAACACUGCUGAACACUGUAUUCAGCUUAGUAUUGUAGAAAGAAAAAAAUGAAGUUAUGUGCAGCCAAAAACAGUGAAAGAAACUUUAAUGUGGCUUAUCUCAAAGUUUAACUUAUUGAGGGCGACUUAACUUUACUUAGCUUGUAACCUGCCUAUGUGUCCAAUGGACCAACUCCACAGCUACAAGUUAAAAAGUUCCUAGAAUUGAUAACUUCACAUAAAUGAUCACUCUUACCUUUAGAUUAAAAGAAGUGUAUCCUGGAUGCCAAAAAGCUACAGAAACACUACAAAAAAAUACUGUUCUGUUACAUUUUGUUUGUCUACAUUAACUUCAUACAUGCGUGAUAAAAAUAACUUGUUUGUGCAAAGCUUAAACUGUAAUGAAACUGUAUUAAGGUUAACAUCCUGAGGUUCUGCUGAACAACUUCUGAAUGAAUCACAUGUUUGUAAUUGUUGUACUGUCACAGUGCCCUGUGAAGAGCAGCUGUCAUUGUUAAUGCACUAAUUAUGUGAAUACUGUGCCAGUUUACAUUGCCUUUGUCUUUGCUUUUAAUAUUAUCUAAUACUGACUUAUCCCUCAUAUUAACAUGUCAUUCAAAUGUUUAUUUAAAAAGAUGGCACUACAAUGUUUUUAAAUUGUAAAAUGUAUAUCCAGAUGCAGAGUUAGAUCACUGUUUUUUUUUUAAAACACUAUGUUAGGAUGUUAUUAAGCGUGAUGUUAAGAAAUAACAGAAUGGGGUGCUGUUCAUCGGAAACUUUCUGAAACAAGUGUCAUUUGGUUUUACUGCAGGGUUAGUACUUGUGAUUAAGCCAAAUUUAAUCUAUUGCCUGCUGUUUUAUUUGUUGGUUCUUGACAUAAUGAGAAAUGAUCAACUUUUAUUUACUGUCUAAAUACUGUCAUUUUACAAAAGGUCAUUUAUAUUAUCAAUAUUUUUUCUACACUUCCACCUUUAUAGUUUUUAUUAAAACUUGAUUAAUAAUG